UCGAAGUGGCAACUUCGGAAUUAAAACAAAACUUUAAGGGUAUUAAUAAGCAAUGAAACAGAGUCCCAACCAACUUUGUAGUGGCCGUUGUACAUGCUCUUUGAGCCUAAACAAAACUGCUAUGCUAUAGGGACGAAUGCCUCUUCUUGCUUACGUGAUCCACAGAAGUCGCCGUAUGUUUUCCAGGAAAUUUCGGAUCAUUGGAAAGAUAAUCCGAUAUGGGUUUGACGGAAAUCUUGACUUCCUUCGACUGGGAGCUGGAAUCAUACCCAGCUUACGAGGAUUUUGCUAUCCUCCCCUUCUUUGCUCUGUUUUUUCCCUGUGCUCGCUUUUUCCUCGACAGAGUCAUCUUCGAGAAAGUGGCAAAUGGAUGGAUUUUCAGAAAGGGACAUGAGAUGCUGGAUGCUGAGGCGAGUGAGAGAAAAAAGAAGAUAAGAAAAUUUAAGGAGUCAGCCUGGAAAUGUAUUUACUAUCUUUCAGCAGAGCUUCUCGCUUUAUAUGUAACUUAUGAUGAACCUUGGUUUACUACCACAAGAUACUUUUGGGUAGGUCCGGGAGAUCAGGUUUGGCCUGACCAAAGAAUUAAGUUGAAAUUGAAGGGAUUGUAUAUGUUUGCUGCUGGAUUUUACACAUACUCCAUAUUUGCUUUGAUUUUCUGGGAAACAAGGCGUUCUGACUUUGGAGUGUCUAUGGGCCAUCAUUUUGCAACCCUCAUUCUCAUUGUGCUAUCUUACAUUUUUAGGUUUUCACGUGUUGGUUCGGUUGUUUUGGCUCUGCAUGAUGCUAGUGAUGUAUUUCUGGAGGUAGGGAAGAUGUCCAAAUAUAGUGGUGCUGAAAGGAUAGCUAGCUUUGCGUUUAUUCUAUUUGUUUUGUCCUGGAUAUUACUGCGCCUCAUAUACUAUCCAUUCUGGGUCCUUUGGAGUACAAGCUACGAAGUUGUCCUGACUUUGGACCAGGAAAAACAUCCAGUGGAUGGACCAAUUUAUUAUUAUGUGUUUAAUACUCUUCUAUUCUGCUUGCUUGUUCUUCAUAUUUAUUGGUGGGUAUUGAUGUACCGGAUGCUUGUUAAGCAAAUCCAAGCAAGAGGCCAGCUCGGUGAUGAUGUUCGAUCUGAUUCUGAAGGUGAAGAUGAACAUGAAGAUUGAGCAAAAACCAAAAUCUAACGACACCAUGUGGUGAUCAUUGUGAAAGAUUCUUCUCGCCACUUCCCCUGCAGAUGACUACGGCUUUAGCUUUAUGCAAUUGAAAGGGUUGUAUAUCUAGCAGGUUAGAGGGUAGCAAUUGGUGAAAAAUCUCAUUCUUUUAUCCUAGACUCUGGCCGUGCAACUUGACACCUUAAAGUUCAAGUUCACUGGCUGAGAAAUGAUACACUAUACAGAAUUUUAACAGUACCUUGAGAGUAUCAUACUUUGUACUGAAAAGACUUGAUCCUGCUGGCAGUUUAAGAAAUUCAAUGAAGGCCUCCAAUCUUUUUUCGAGAACAA